AUGCGGUGUGGAAAACGCCGCUGGUUGCUGACGAUGUUGUUCGUCGUUCUUGUUGUUAUCAUUUUGAUAUUUGUUGUGAUUCCGUUGGCGAUUUACAGUUCAAGUGCUUUGCAAUCUUUUUUCAUUUUUGCGAGAUUCGGCGAACGAAUUCUUGCGCCGGAAGAAGUCGGUCUGGACGCAACUAGAAACUUCUAUUUGGCGUACAAUGACGAAGAAUUUUGCAAAGCAGGCGAAGAAUCAUGUGCUGAUGUGCUGAAACAGGAAAUCGUGUUGGGUGUUUGGCACGUAUUGCCGCAGUCGUAUGCUGAAUCCUAUGUGAAAGCGAAGUACGACGUUGACGCUUUGGCUGAGGCUGUAAAGGAUCUAGCGAUCGACGCGACGCGAUUCAACGCGAAUGGAACUAUUAAUAAUACGGCAGUCGAAGAUUGCGACUCGCGAGUUCGAUCCUUCGACAAUCUCACCUUUGAAUAUGACCGCACUCUGAGCCGACUCCGGUCUCAGUAUUUCGAAGCCGCUCUCCGUACCGGCAGGCACCCUGUCGUGCUCUACUUGCAUGGCAAUGGUGGCACACGCAGUACCAGUACUCGCAUCCCGCUGUACAGGCUUCUGUCCGAAUCCCCCGAAUUGGAUCGACAUGUGAUUGCUGUAGAUUAUCGCGGAUACGGAGAUUCUACAGACCCUCCAAAUGGGCCUUCUGAACGGGGGGUAGUACGCGAUGCAUUGGCCACCUAUGCAUGGCUUGCGGCUCGGAUGCCGCCAAACGCCGAGUUGAUUAUCUGGGGACACUCGUUGGGCACGGGUAUCUCGCUACAGAUGCUUAGGAAGAUUCAGAGACAUCCGUUAGUCGACCUGGUCAAAGGCGUAGUGUUAGAAGCGCCAUUCAACAACAUGCCAGACGCCGUGCGCGAAUACCCUCUGACGAUGCCCUUCCGCCGUCUGCCCUGGUUCGAGGCGACCAUCAUGCGUCCGCUGGCCAAUCGCUUCCCUUUCAACUCGGACGAGCACAUCAAAUACGUGCGGCAGCCUAUACUUAUUCUGCACGCGCCCGAUGACCGACACGUGCCAAUUUGUUUGGGCGAACGUUUACGGGAUGCUGCCACUUCAUCGACCUUGACUAAGCAAAGAGUGGUCAAGUUCCUAAACGUGGGUAAUGGGUACGGACACGUGGACAUCGUUCGGUAUCCAGGUCUAGUAAGGGCGCUCACGGACUUCGAGGACGAAUAUCGAGACUACAGUCGUCACGCCCAGAUUAAUCUGUGA